CCUUAUCAACGUUACUUCGUGGGUUAUUUUCAUAUUUCUUCUCGUGGAAAAAAGAGAAUGAUGGUUUGUUGUGAACUGUUCUAUCAGCAGACAAGUUGUGUGUUUGUGUUUCUGUUCCCGUGUUCCGUAUGUCAAGCAAGGUCCUGGGAGGAGACUUCUGCAUUCUGCAGUAAUUGUUAACCUAUUUUUCAUAAUAUUGUUUUUAAUUUACGUGUGACACAGAGUCUAACUAUAAAAAGUUUAUAUCAAUUUUAUUUGUAACUGUCAUCAAAUUUUAAAACUUUUUGUUACUCAAAAAACGUUUUAUUGAUAGGUGAAAUUGUCAAGAAAUGUUGACAAUAAUUUACGAUAGCCAAAGUCUGUUCAUUUAUAACUGUCGUGGGAACACUCAUGUCAUUUUGUAGUUACUUAUGAUGCCUUCAUUUAAACAAAAGGUUGUUGGAUUCAUUCGCCAGUUGUCGAAUCAAAGUGAAAAUAAUAGAAAUUUUGAAGACCAAAAACCCGACCAGCAGUCUGAAAGUUUCAUCAAGAGGUAUCUGAGUGGUGAGGAGGUGAGCAAGGAUGAGCCGAAAAUAGUGCAUGGUCGCUUCGCACAGGAGCUUCCGUCGCUGUCGCUCGGCGUCCUGUCGCGACCGGUGCUGGUCGCUGCGACUGGACCCGAGGGCGGACUCACCACGGUCAACCGUCGCCAGCGACAUCUGUCGGUCAGCGACCCCGACGUCCGGUUCAUUGACGACACACUUCUCCCCCCUCCUGCCCUCACAGGUGCCCAGCCAUUUAUUGGAGAAACAAGUGUCGCUGAUAUCGGUGACUCGAAGCCAGACACUAAGGUGAUACCACCUCCGCCAGAGUAUGCAGUCGACUCGGCUGCGCCUGACAUCAAUGAAAAUGCGCCAACCAUUACCACGUCGAUGACACAUAUCUCCGCUCAAUUAACACCCACUGAUAACUCUGUGUCAACUCUCAAUCCUAUACAGAAAUCCGAGAGUGUGCCGAACGCUAGUGAUAGAUUCCAUCAGGAUGGUAAAUCUAUUCAUUUAUUUAUUUUUCAAUCUAGUUAUUAUUCUGGAAAAAAUAGUAUGAUUCUUUUUAUUCCUUCAUUUUUUAUUUCAGAAACAAGUGUCGCUGAUAUCGGUGACUCGAAGCCAGACACUAAGGUGAUACCACCUCCGCCAGAGUAUGCAGUCGACUCGGCUGCGCCUGACAUCAAUGAAAAUGCGCCAACCAUUACCACGUCGAUGACACAUAUCUCCGCUCAAUUAACACCCACUGAUAACUCUGUGUCAACUCUCAAUCCUAUACAGAAAUCCGAGAGUGUGCCGAACGCUAGUGAUAGAUUCCAUCAGGAUGUGGCGGGUGCGAGCGACUGGUUGGCAGCAGGGUCGGCUGUCGCCUACGGCCGAUCGACGUCACUGUACGAGCGCCACCCCGCGACCGGAGUGACGGCCGGCUCGCCGAUCGCCGACUGCUUCGCGGUGGUGGCUCGCCGCAACUCGGCCGUCCUUUGCCUGGCCGACGGCGUCAACUGGGGCAGCAAGGCCUGUCUGGCCGCCCGCGCUGCCGUACACGGCUGUGUCGACUACCUCAACCACGCCAUAUUCUCCUGGCCCAUCACUACUACCACUGAAGUGUUUGUGGCUCUGCUAAGAUCGUUCCAUGCGGCACAUAACCUUAUUCUGCAAGAGGAAGGCUUGCUGACCACUCUGACUGCUGUCAUAGUUCUACCUCUAGCCACUCCCGACCGUUACGUUGCUUGCGCCUGCAAUGUCGGCGAUAGUCUCGCUUAUGUCUACAGUCCUCGGCAUGGUGUCAGAGAAAUAACUCAAGGUUCGCAUGACCUGAACCGGAUGCGGGACAUGCGAGACGCCCUGGGUGCCCUGGGGCCGGUGGACGGCCUGAACCCCGAGUUGGGCAACCUGACCUGCUCCAUGACAGAGGUCGAGCCGGGCGACAUCGUCUUCCUCACCUCAGACGGCGUCUCCGACAACCUCGAUCCCGUCGUCGGCAAGUUCACAGGCCUUCCGAACGUGGAAGCGCACCAACGCCACAAACUGUCGCUGCUACGCACUGAGGACCUGCUGCGUAACGGCGUGUCGGGUCACGGACCGCCCUGCUCGACAGCGCGCGAGGUCGUCUCGCUGUUGAUCGACUUUGUGACACGACUGACUGCCGCCAAACGCAAGAUGCUAGAAGACGCCGAGCUCUACCAGGACAACGCCGAGGGACCGCGCGGGUCCCGCGGCAAGCAGCGUGCCCGUCGCAGGGAGGUGUGUGCCAAGCUGGCCAUGGUCCCCGGAAAGCUGGACCAUGCCACCGUCGCUGCCUACAACGUGGGUGACCUCGUCACCGAACCGGUUAGCUGACCCACGUCCAUCGACAGUAUCGAUCAGCUCUCUCUCUAGUAGCAAACGAGGAGUUUUAACGGUACAGAUCUUGACUUUAAUUUGGGAGAUAUAAUUCUCUUCUUGAGUGGAUAGAGUUUUCAAAAUGAAACAUGCAUUUUGGGUCUCUGAUACGUCGAUAGCAUCAAUGAGCUAUGUCUCUCUUUCUCUCUCUCUUUCUCUCUAGUACUCUAGUAGCGUACGAGGAGUGAAAACGGUACAGAUUCUGUCUUCAAUUUGGGAGAUCUAUUUCUUUUCUUAAGAGGAUAGUGUUUUAAAAAUGAAACAUCUAUUUCGGGUCUCUGAUACAUCAUUUGAGUUUAGCUGACGUACGUCUGUUGAUAUAUCUAUGAGCUCUCUCUCUAUUAAGUAGCCUAUUUGGCUUACCAGAGACCAAAAAUUAGAGUUUCUUUCUUUAAAAUUCCCAAAUUGAAGAGAAAAAACUUCUACAACUUUCACUCCUCUGGCUGCGUACAGACUUUAGCACCAGGAACACGCGUGUUUCACUUUUCAUCGGCUGAUGCUUAUUCUAUCUUUACCUUAGUGUUUCUGUACAAAUACAGAUAUAAUAAGAAUAGCAUCAGCUGAUAAAAAUUGAAAUGCGGGUGUUCUUGGCGCUCAAGUCUGUAUGCAGCUAGAGGAGUUUUUUCUCUUCAAUUUGGGAAUUUUAAAGAAAGAAAUUCUAAUUUUUGGUCUCUGGUAAGCCCUUGCAGGUUAGCUGACGUUCGUCUAUCGAUAUUGUCGAUGAGCUCUCUCUCUCUCUAAUAUCGUACGAGAAAAGUUGAAAUUUGACAAAUUCGAACUUGAGAAGUAGUGAAAGUGGUACAUAUUUUGUCUCCAAUUUGUGAGUUUUAUUUCUCUUCUAGGUUGAAAAUAGACGUUGAAAGAAAGUAUACCAUAUUUUACUGUACUAGGCAAGAAGUACAAAAAUAAAUACUAGGGGGAAGACUUGAUAAUUUCACUGUCGCCGCUGAGUAGGGUGAUUGAAAUUUUCAAUUAGGAAGAAUUUAGACAUUAUGUUCUAUGAAUGUCAUCUCCUCAAUCUGUUUCUUCAUGCUUUAUAUAAAGUUUGACUUUAUGGUUACCAUCUAAAUUGCUUGAUGCUCCAUUGCACUUUAUAAAGAAAAAUAAUGUAUUUAGCAAAUUUACAUUAUCCAUUCGAUAAGAACCUUACUUUGCUAUAAUGCUGACGCACAUAGUAUAGCUUUAAAGUUGAAAAACUUUAAAAACUUGAUCACAAUGUUGAUGAUGAAUAAUAAUAAUAAUGUGUUCCUUAUUAAACGUUGAACAAUAAUAACAAUUAUCUGCCCUAAAUUUUACCUUCCUGUAAUAAUUUAUUAAAGUGUUGGUUUAUUCCAUGAAAUAACUUCGAUUAUACUUUAUAAAGCAAAAAUUAGUGUGUGAAAUUGCUGUUCUGUUGUGUAAAAAUUAUAUUGAUACAAAAUAGUAUUUCGGUGAAAUAUUGGUCAUAGCUGAUAAGAGUAGUCUUUAGGGCUACUCUUGUAUAUAAAUAAAAAUAGAAAUCGAAGUACCCUUCUUAAAAUUAGGUAUUUAGUGACAACAUGUUUCAUGUCAUUAUCAUCACUUGAUAAUGGCAUCAUAGCCGAAACAUGUUGUGACUAAAUCAUUUUAAAAAUGGUACCCACUUGGAUAUCUAUUUUUACUGAUAAGAGUACUAUAUUUCCAAUAUAUUAACGUAAGAGAAAAUAUAUCAGCAAUAAUAUUGCAAAUCUAUUAUUAAUAAAUUGAUGUUCUAUGUAUAUUGUUUGUAAUUUAGGUAUCGUAAGUGUAUGAAAUUUCGCAUCUUGAAAAUGAUGUUUGAUGUUACUUUUUUGAUUUGAAUAAUUUUUGUCGCAUUAUGUUAUUAGUUUAGUUAAUUAAUUAAUCAUUAAUUUAGUUUCUGUUGAGUUCAAUGCAUAGUUUAAAUGAAUAGUCAUACUCCAUAGCCGUCCAUUAAUACUAGUCUAUAGAUUCAUGCAACAGUUCAAAUAGAUUUUAUAUGUUGAAUUAUUUAGUACUAAUAUAGUAUUUCUAUAAUUUUAUUUUGCGAAUUACCGUUUUUUCUAAAAAAAGUUAAUCUGUGUUUGUACACUGUAUCCUUGUAGUAAUUAUUAACCACAUUAUUUCUCUUUCAAAUUUGUACAUUUCUAUUCAACGUGUACAAAUAUUCAAUGUUAUAAUUGAAAGUAUUGUGAACAUUUAUAUUAUUGAUGUUAGAUAUAUUGACAUGUAUGUUCGUCAGAAACUUGUUUAUAUGUUUAUCCCGUUUAAAAAUGUAUUCAAUGUUCAAUUCUCUUUCUAUUGUUAUGCAGACUUGAAAUAGCUGCCAUUAAUAAUUAUAUUGAAAUCCUAUUGUUAUAGUAUUAAUACUCACUGCCAAUAAUUUGAAAUAUAUUUUUUUAGAGAUCUUCUAUUAAUUCCAGUCUGACACUAUGUUCAGUCAAUUUCCUGGUUGGUUCACAGCUAUAAUUGCGGUUAUAAAAUUGUAUCAAAAAUCUAAUUUUUCAAAAUUAAUUCUACUUUUAAUAUUUACAUUUAUUAGAAGCCGUCAAUUCUGAUGAAUAAUUCCAGUCAUUGUGAAAAUACUGUGUAUUUGAGUGUAACUUAUAUACUGCUAAGUCACCUACAUUCAAUUCGCAAGAUCAUUGUGUGAUAGCAGUGCAAAAAGUUGGUUCAGUCAGAUAAUAUUGGGGCUGUGCUACUCUCAUUGCAAAAAACAUCGCUCACCGAGACAUGAAGUGUGAGAAUACCCUGUUGUUGACUAGAGACUACUAGUAGAGAUUCGCUGAGUUUGGGAUCUCUGGUAUUGUACGAAUAAAUGGGGGAGGCGAGUUGUAUGGGAAGGGCUUAAAAUCCGCAGCUAGCCGAUAUUUGGUAUGUGGCGAUGAUUCUCUACAUCAUGCUAAACGGUAUCUUAUUUAAGGGUCUAUCAGUAAUUAAAUAUACUCUAAUUUCUUCCCCAUAUUGAAAUUUUCCAACAAAAAUUGAAUAUUUUUUCAGUCCAGUGAUUUGCUUUCAUCUUGAAAGUUUUUCAUUCUAUUAUUGUCCUGAAAACAAUUCUAUUAUUUCUUUGCAUUUUAAUAUCGUAUAAAUAAUUUUAUCUUGACAUAAUUUUGUUGAUAAUUUGAAGAACUGAAGAAUCAUGUUUCUACAAAGAAGUGUUUCGCGCACUUAUGUCAGGUGUACUUUUGUGAACCAUAUCCUCUCAAACAAGUAUUUAAUUGUUUAAAUUCGACUGCUUGAUUGUUUAUUUAAGUUUUCAUCUUUGUGGUUGUUGAAUUUGUUGAUUCUAGUUACUUGGCAUCAUUUCUAUUCUAUGGUUAUGCUGUAAAUGUAGAAUACAACGUGAAGAUCUCUGUUUUAGUUUUCCGCAGGUUUUAUUCAGUUCAUCUGAAGAUGAUUAUAUGAGUGUGAUGAUUAUAUUAUAAUAUUUGUGUAAGUGUCGUUGGAGUUUCUUUAAAUUUAGUCUUUUCUUUAGCUCCUGCUGAAAUGAAUAACAUACUAGAAUUAUUGUCAAGAAUAAAACUAAAAUUCAAGUACUCUUACCAAUCAUGUGUUGAAAAUUAUCAUCUAAUUAAUGUUAAAAUACCCUAAAAAGUUGAAUCAUUAUAGAUUAUGUUAUCAAUAUAAUGUAUUAAAAAUGUAACUAUCGUUUCUAUAUUGAGAUUUUACUUGAGUAAUAUUAUUACACUAUAUUUAAAUAUUUAAUAUGGAUAUAUUUUGUAGGAGUAGAUUUAUCGUGAAAUAGUUAUAGUAGGCUAUAUAAAAAUUAUUGUAAUUUUAGACUUUAUAGUUUAUCGAGGCUUACUCGUUAAAAGAGUGAAAGAUUUAGCUGUGAUAGAUUGCGAGAUAUCCCAUAUUCUAUACCUUUUUUAAAGUACGGUAUUUUAAAGAUGUAUAUUUUCUAAUGAAACUCAGGAUUUACGGAUAAAUAUCAGUUAGGAUACAAAAUAUAUUCAUAGUCUCCUUGAAAUAUAAUAAUCUAAUAUCAAUAAUAUAAUUACUCUAUAGUUGAAAAAUAUUAGAUAUUGGAUUGAAGAAUCUAUCUGACUUGUUCAACAUUCCGAAAAGUGAAUAUAAAGAGGAUAGGACAUUGUUCAUACAGCCAAUUGCCGUUGUUCCAUUUUGAGAAAAAUAGCAGCUUACCGAAAUUUUCCAGUUUUUAUACUCUUUAACAUUUAAGCACAACUUGGACGAUGGUUUUAAAAUUUAUCUUCUAAACUCUACAGCAUCAACAAAUUAUUUAAGGAUUGAAUGCUGUUCGAUAUUAAAAUCUUCUCUAUAAUAAAAUUUAGUGUGUCAUUUAAGAGAGAAGACUCAAUUUUAAUUGAUAAACUGUAUAUCAAUAUCUUAUUCCAAUACGAUAUGUUCAACUUAUUAUAUUAGCAACGCAGUAUAAAAUCCAAAAUGUGCUCUUGAUGAUUUUAGAACUUGAUGGAUAAUUCAAGUAAUAGUGAUAAAAUAGUACUGUAGAUAAAAUAAAUUUAAUUCAACAAUUCCGUCACAAACUAAUAAGUACCUACGUUUUCAUGCAUUAUGAAUGAAAUAAUAUACUAUAAAAAAGAACGUUUAAAUAGGGAUGUUAAAUGUUCAACUUUCUCUUAUUACAAGCUUUGGGCUUUGUUCCUUAUUUCAGAGCGAUAAUUUUGCAAUGAAGUUUUCUACCUUUAAGUUUCAUAUCAAAAGAUUGUUUGGAGGUUUCAGAUUCAGUAGUAGGCUAUUAUGAAGCUCAAGUUCUGCUUAUGGAUAGCUUCCUCCUGCGGUACCUUUCAAACUGCUUGUGAAUUUUAUAGCUUGUUUAGUACCUGUGAUUUCCAAACAUUCCUAUCACUUGCUGAGCGACUAAAAAUAUUACAGGCUUAUCCUAAGAAAUAGCGAGAUAUCAAAUUAAAAAAAUGUCUUUGAUAAGUUGACGUGUCUUUGUAAAAUUGCACUCUCUUAUGAAAGUACGAUAUCUUGAAAAUUUUCCCCAUGAAGUAACAUUUGAAGUUUAUUAGUAACUGGGCCUUUUGGAGAGCGGUUUUAAACUUCGAUUUUUAUCAGCAUACUGUUAUUUUGAAAUAUUUAAAUUUUAUAUUUAUUUUCAACAUUCCAUUUCUCACCUUUGUUCUUCUAUAAUAUAUUAUUAUAUUAUGAUUUUCCAAAAGUUUUGCCUUAUCAUAAACUAAUGCUUGAAAUAAUAGUCAUCUUAAAAAAAAAGAUUUCUCCUACUUUUCAUAAAUGUUCUGGAUUCAAAUCGAUAAUAUAGUCUUGAAAUUUUAGGAUCAACACAAUUUCAAUGUGUCUUGAGAAAAUCUUUUGAAAUAUUUACUUUGUUAAUAAACAAUUUAAAUAAUGCAGAAUAUUUAAGAAAUUUAAGAUGAUUUAGAUUCUGGAUUUUCAAAUAAUCUAAGCCAUUAUCACUAGUCCAGAAAAUAUAAGAAAAAUUAUUUUCUAUUAAAAAAGUAUCUCUUUUUAGAAAAACUAUUUCCGUUAUAACUACUUUCGUUUUCGAUAUAUUCAAAUUAAAAAAAUAAAAAUAUAGCCUAUAUUGAAUACCUAGUUUGAACAUCCCUUUUGGGAAUAAUUAGGUGUUGUUCUCAAUAAUAUUUUUUGAUGAGAUAUAUCCUUUAUCAUUUUUACCUUAGUGUACAAGUGAAUAAUAGGCCAAGUGUCAUUUUUUAUUAUCUUUGAAUCAAUGUUCCUGGUGAAUGCUGAAUUAUAAUAUACCUGCAAUACACUAAUAGGCUAAAUGUUUUAUAAUGAUCAUUUACUCAAGGACAGUUCAAAGGGCAUUUAUUUUAAGAAUUUUAUUACAAUUCAAUUCGAGAAGCGUGGGAGAUUUACUGUAUAAUGUUCUGAGUCGAUGCUUUUUGCUUCUAUAAUCAUUUCACGUUAUUAUUAUACAAACUAAACCAGUAAGCUCAAUUUCUCAAAAAUAGAAAAAUGAGUAUAAUUUGAUACAAACUAAUACAAUCUGUGUAAGGACUCAGCAACUACAGUCUGUACCCAUUCCAAAUUUGUUUGAAAGAAAAUAUAGUUAUACACAAUAGUGAUCAGGCGUAUAAUAUUACAACCAAAUUUCAAUAUUGGAAUAAUAUUUUCAAUAGUAUUGAGAUUUUAUCCGAGGGUUCCUUCUGAAAUAAAUUUCUUUCAAGUUUUUCAACUUCUUUAAAAUUAGCCCUACAACUGUUCUUGAUUAUUUAAUUGUAACUAUAAUUUGUAUAACUUAUAAUAUUGCUCUUCCAAAUAUAUACAGGUGAUAUUAUUUCAUUGAUAGAACUCAAAUAAAUAUAGGAUAUAUCAAUAUUGUUCAUUCAUUACUGUACCUUGAUGGGAACUAAAACCAAUUUAUUGGUUAAAAGCACAACUGAUGAAGUACUGUAGUUUAUUAAUAUUUACUCAGUUUCUCAAUAUUUGUUAACAAAACGUUUGUAUCCUUCUAUAUUGUAACAUUUUUUUUUAUAAUCAGUUACUGUUAUGUAAACAAGUUGUAACAACUCUGUAUAAUUUUUGUGUUGAAUAAAACGUUUUUUAUUAUAAUA